UGUUGACCGUGCGUGCGACAAGACGGCACAACGUUCGCACCAAAUCUUUUGGCGGAGCAAGCGCACAUGGCCUUGGUGGCGAUGGAUUCAUUCUGCGCUAGUCUUGGUUCGACUCUCCUCUCUGUGUCGGAGCUUGCUGGGGAUGCAGUGCAAUUGGAAGGGUUGAGAGGCUGUAGAUAUCGCUGGCUGUCUGAAGCCCAUUGCGCUGCGAAACACGAAUCCCAAGCGUCGUCGCUGGGGAUUCAUUUGGUUGAAAGGAACGGAGAAGGUCGCUUAAAGAUAUCAAGAGGGUCGAGAUUGCCUUGGUUACCUGCAUUCCUAUUCCAACGAUGUGGUCAAGCAACUUCAGGCCAUGGGCAACUUCGGCGUAUAUGUAGCUAUUGCUAUCACAUUGGGACUAGUGAAUUUUCUGCGCAUGGAUAGAGCGAGGAUCAGUGAUUGCAACUGCGACGAAGUGGAGAAGCGACGCCAACUCCUACAAGACGUUCCCAAUUGCCACAAUCGUUACCAUUUGAAAGCUGCCAAAUAAAUUUCACAUUCUGACGGUGA